AUGUCAAAAGAAUUAGAGAAUAAUCGGUUGCGGCUCAAAACCUCAAUAGAGUGUGGUCGAUGGCUAGCAUUCCAAACUUGUGCUUUUAGAGGUCAUGAUAAAAGCCUUGAUUCAAAAAAUAGAGGUAAUUUUAUUGAAUUGAUAAAAUUCACAUCAACUUUCAAUGACAAAGUAGCUAGUGUUGUCUUGGAAAAUGCUCCAGGAAAUGCCAAAUAUACAUCACCCACAAUUCAAAAGGAGAUUUUGCAUAUUCUUGCUAGUAAUGUGCGAAAUGCUAUUUGUAAAGAAAUUGGGGAUGCAAAAUUUUGCAUUCUUGUUGAUGAAGCCUGGGAUGAGUCGAAGAGAGAGCAAAUGGCCAUCAUUUUGAGGUUUGUUGAUAAAGAAGGUUUCAUUAAAGAGCGUUUCUUUCAUGUUGUGCAUGUUAGAGACACUACUACAUUGACUUUAAAGAAUGAGAUAUGUGCUGUCCUUUCUCAUUACAACCUCCACAUUGAAAAUAUUCAAGGUCAAGGAUAUGAUGGGGCUAGUAACAUGCGUGGUGAAUGGAAUGGAUUACAAGCUCUUUUUCUUAAAGACUGCCCAUAUGCUUUUUUUGUACAUUGUAUAGCUCAUAGGUUGCAAUUAACUCUAGUUACAGCAUCUAGAGAAGUAAAAGAUGUUCAUCAGUUCUUUGAUCAUUUGGUUAAUAUUAUCAAUAUUGUUGUUGGUUUUAGUAAGCAUAAUGAUGAAUUGCAACAUGCUCAAGCAGAACAAGUUGAGAAUAUGAUUGCUUCUAAUGAAAUUGAGACUGGAAGAGGUGCAAACCAGUGGUACUUUGCAACGAGCUGGAGAUACUAG